AUGUCACAACCAGAAUUUAAGUUAUCUACCGAGUUACCAGCUUGGAAGAAAUUAGAAGCAACCUUCAAAUCGAAGGGAGAAAAAUUCCAGGUCAAAGAGGCUUUUGACAAGGACCCAAAGAGAUUUGAAAAGCUUUCCAAAACGUUUCAAAACUUUGACAACUCCAAGAUUUUGUUCGAUUUCUCUAAGAACUUAAUUGAUGACGAAAUCUUAGAACAAUUAGUUCAAUUGGCUAAAGAAGCUAAGGUUGAAGAGUUAAGAGAUGCUAUGUUCAAUGGUGACAAAAUUAACACCACCGAAGACAGAGCUGUUUACCACGUUGCUUUGAGAAACAGAUCUAAGAGAGAAAUGAAGGUCGAUAACGUUGACACUUUCCCAGAAGUUGAUGAAGUUUUACAACACAUGAAGGAAUUCUCUAACCAGAUUAGAUCAGGCGAAUGGACUGGUUACACUAAUAAGGCUAUUACCGAUGUCGUUAACAUUGGUAUUGGUGGUUCUGAUUUAGGUCCAGUUAUGGUUACCGAAGCUUUAAAGGCAUACGGAAAGCCAGGUUUAAACGUUCACUUUGUUUCCAACAUUGACGGUACCCAUAUUGCUGAAACUGUUAAGAAAUGUGAUCCAGAAACCACUUUAUUCUUAAUUGCUUCAAAGACUUUCACCACUGCUGAAACUUGUACUAAUGCCAACUCUGCAAAGAAGUGGUUCUUAGCUAAGGCUUUAGAUACUAAGCACAUUGCUAAGCAUUUCGCUGCUUUAUCAACCAAUGCUGAAGAAGUUUCUAAAUUCGGUAUUGACACCAAGAACAUGUUUGGUUUCGAAAGCUGGGUCGGUGGUCGUUAUUCCGUUUGGUCUGCAAUUGGUUUAUCCGUUGCUAUCUACAUUGGUUUCGACAACUUCGAAAGCUUCUUGAAGGGUGCUGAAGCCGUUGACAAGCACUUCGUCGAAACCCCACUCGAAGAGAAUAUCCCAGUGUUAGGAGGUUUAUUAUCCGUCUGGUACAACAACUUCUUUGGGGCCCAAACCCAUUUAGUUGCUCCAUUCGAUCAAUACUUACACAGAUUCCCAGCUUAUUUGCAACAAUUAUCUAUGGAAUCUAACGGUAAGUCUGUCACCAGAGCAAAUGCUUUCACUAACUACGAAACUGGUACCAUCUUAUUCGGCGAACCAGCUACUAACGCUCAACACUCGUUCUUCCAAUUAGUCCACCAAGGUACUAAAUUGAUACCUUCUGAUUUUAUUUUGGCUGCUCAAUCCCACAACCCAAUUGAAAACAACUUGCACCAAAAGAUGUUGGCUUCCAACUUCUUUGCCCAAGCUGAAGCUUUAAUGGUUGGUAAGAAUGAAGAUGAAGUUAAGAAAGAGGGUGCCACCGGUGGUUUAGUUCCUCACAAAGUUUUCUCAGGAAACAGACCAACCACUUCUAUUUUAGCUCAAAAGAUUACCCCAGCUGCUUUAGGUUCUUUAAUUGCUUACUACGAACAUCUUACUUUCGUUGAAGGGGCCAUCUGGAACAUUAAUUCUUUCGAUCAAUGGGGUGUUGAAUUAGGAAAGGUCUUAGCCAAGGUGAUUGGUAAGGAAUUGGAAAACAAUAACGAAAAGGUUGAUACUCACGACCCAUCUACCAAGGGUUUAAUUAACCAAUUCAAGGACUGGGCUGAAUAA